AUGUCGUCCGGCUUCGUCUCCGCCGGAACCAACGACCAGCCCGUCGAGCGCGACGCCGAGUGGCUCCAGGCCCAGCAGGACCUCGAGGCCCAGCGCCGCCGCAGGGAGGAGGAGAGCAAGCAGACGGACGGCAAGAGCCUGUAUGAGGUGCUGCAGGCCAACAAGGCAAAGAAGCAGGAGGCUUUCGAAGAGUCCAUCAAGCUCAAGAACCAGUUCCGCGCCCUUGACGAGGAUGAGGCCGAGUUCCUCGACUCCGUGCUGGAGUCCACGCGCGCCAAGGAAGCCGCGCUGAAGAAGGAGACCACCGAGCAGCUCGACGCUUUCCGCCGGCAUCAGGAAGAGGUCGAGCGCGCCGCCCGUCUCACCGGCGCCACUGACGGAGACCAGCCCGCCGAAGAAGAGCACUGGGCCUCGGCCGGGAGGAAGCGCAAGAAGGCCAGAGACAAGGAGUCGCUCAUGGGAAUCAAGAUCCGCCGAACCUCCUCGGUUGGCGAGAAAGGCGCAUCAUCCAAUGCGUCUCCCAAGACCGACACCAAGAGCCCCGAUCCUGCAGAAAAGGAGAAGGAAAUCGUACCUUCUGCCGGCGUCUCCAAGCCGGAAAAUGUGACCAAAACGGCCACCGGGACGGGUCUUGCAGCUUCCGAGAAGACGAGUGGAGUUGUUGGCUCGACAGUACCAAAAGAGACCCAAGCCCAAAAGCCCAAACCCACACCCGCGGCGCUUGGCCUCGGCGGCUAUUCGUCAGACGAAGACGACUGA